AUGAUGACUGAUGGAGCUCUGGAGGAGGAUCUAGGAGGCCGUAUUGCAGCUUUGGUACAAAACGCAUAUCAAAAACUGGGUCCAGCAUGUAAACCAGUUGUACGAUCAAAUGGAUUGAAAGAGUGGACUGUUCUGGCAGGCACAGUUGCUGUUUCCACCGAUAAGGCGUCAGGAAAGAGCCAGUUUAGGCUGAUCAGCAUUGGUACAGGCGUCAAAGCAUUGCCCGAUGUCGUCUUGGCCAGAAGUCAAGGAAAGAUGGUUCACGACUGCCAUGCAGAGAUACUAGCUCUCAGAGGGCUUAAUACUGUUAUACUAGAACACAUUAACUACCUAAAGAAGAACCCACUUCGGAGCUCUGAUCUUAUCGAAAAGGGAUCGACUGGCGCCUAUGCUUUUAAGAACAAGUGGGAAUUGGCAUUGUAUAUCAGUACGUUACCUUGCGGUGACGCUAGUAUGAUUGCGCUUAGCAAGACUGCUCAAGCAGAAUGUGAUGAGUACAGGAGGCUCUCUUUCCAGGAAAGCGACCGGAUCCAAUGGAUAGACGAGAAGAUUCGCACCAUCAUACGAGGACGCUUCAACUAUGGCACAAUUGGCGUCGUUAGAACGAAACCUGGAAGGUACGAUUCUCAGAUUACCUAUUCCAAGUCUUGCUCUGAUAAGCUGUGCGCCAUCCAAGUAACGUCAGUCCUCAAUUCCUUGACGUGGGAGUUAAUGGAGGCCCCACUCUUCCUAAAAUAUCUGGUCAUCCCAAAAGAGACUCACCCUCAGGACCUACGGCGCAGUUUCAGAGACAGGCUUGCUCCUAUGUCCUGUAGACCAUUGGAGUUCUUGACAUGCACCAGGUCCUUUUGCGAUGGCAAAAGUGAUUCAACCGAUGACCCUUCAUCAAUGGCUUGUGUGAAACUCUUCAUCGAUCUACCGAGUGUCGGUAAUAUAGAGCAGGCCAUCUUAAAUGGCGUCAGGAACGGUUUCUACACCAAGGAUAACAAGCCAUUGAGGACAAAUUGCGAGCCCAUCGUCAGUAGAUAUGCCCAGUGGAAGUUAUUCACAGAGAUUCGGCCAGAACUAAGCCAAAGCACCUACCUGGCCUUCAAAGCCGGUCAAGAUACAAGAAAUAAACUCAUAUGUGACGUAAAAAGACAACUAUCGCCUGAUGGCUGGAUUAGAACCUGCAAGGACGAUUGUCAACUGUAG